GCAGCAGCCCACCGGAAGUAAACAGAGGCUGGAGCGCAGCGCCACAGGUAGCAUCAGGUAGCAUCAUGUAGCUGCGGCUUUCAGCGGGUUCUGCUGGUUCUGCUAAGUCUUUAAUCUGACUCGAACAUGAAGCGAACAGAACCAACCUCUGGGAGGAAUUUGUGACCAUGUGACUGUGGGCCCUAAGUGGGUCAGUUUGGGGUGCUGUUGUGGUUCUGAGGUGAUGGAGACCUGGACCCCGAACCCCCGGGCCAAGCCGUUCAUCCCGCGGCAGCAGAGGAGCUGGUACCUGACCUGGAAGUACCGGCUGACCCAGAGGAGGAGCCUCCGGCGGUUCUGUCAGGCCGGCGCCGUGCUGUUCCUCUUCGUCACCGUUGUGGUGAACAUCAAGCUGAUCCUGGACACGCGGCGAGUCGCUGAUGAAGACGCUGCCGAUCAGGAAUACGACGUUGUUCCCAACAUGGAGACUCCUCGCCGGCCGGCCAGCGGCAGGAGGGUUCUGGACAUCGAGGUUUACUCCAGCCGCUCCAAGGUCUAUGUGGCCGUGGACGGAACCACGGUUCUGGAGGACGACAUGCGGGAGCAGGGCCGAGGCGUUCACGUCAUCGUCCUCAACCAGGCCACCGGUCAUGUGAUGGCCAAGCGGAUCUUCGACACUUACUCCCCCCACGAGGAUGAAGCCAUGAUCCUCUUCCUCAACAUGGUGACCCGCGGCCGGAUCCUCAUCUUCACCGUCAAGGACGAGGGAACGUUCCACCUGAAGGACGCAGCCAAGAACCUGCUGAAGAGCCUGGGCAGCCAGGCAGCGCUGGGCCUGAGCUGGAGGGACAUGUGGACCCUGGUGGUGAAGAAAGGAGGUCAGGUGUAUGGAGAGAAGCACUCCAAGUCUCCGGCUCUAUCCACGUGGGGCGACCCGGUUCUGCUGAAGACCGAGGUCCAGCUCACCGCCGCUGAAGAGGCCGAGUGCCACUGGGCCGACACAGAGCUCAACCGGAAGAGGAAGCUGUUCUGCAGCAAGGUGGAGGGAUACGGCAGCAUCUGCAGCUGCAAAGACCCGGCGCCCAUCGAGUUCAACCCCGACCCGCUUCCCAGUAACAACGUCUUCAAUGUCCCAGUGGCCGUCAUCGCUGGAAACCGCCCCAACUACCUGUACCGGAUGUUGCGCUCGCUGCUCUCGGCUCACGGAGUCAACCCGCAGAUGAUCACCGUCUUCAUCGACGGAUAUUACGAGGAGCCCAUGGACGUGGUGGAGCUGUUCGGGUUGAAGGGCGUCCAGCACACACCCAUCAGCAUCAAGAACGCCCGCGUCGCCCAGCACUACAAAGCGAGUCUGACGGCGACCUUUAACCUUCACCCUGAUGCCGGGUUUGCCGUGGUUCUGGAGGAGGACCUGGACAUCUCUGUGGACUUCUUCAGCUUCCUGAGUCAGACCAUCCACCUGUUGGACCAGGACGACAGCCUGUACUGCAUCUCAGCCUGGAACGACCAGGGCUAUGAGCACACAGCGGAGGACCCUGCCCUCCUCUACCGAGUGGAGAGCAUGCCCGGCCUGGGCUGGGUGCUGAAGAAGAGCAUCUACAAGGACGAGCUGGAGCCAAAAUGGCCGACCCCCGAAAAGCUCUGGGAUUGGGACAUGUGGAUGAGGAUGCCGGAGCAGAGGAAAGGCAGAGAGUGCAUCAUUCCCGACGUCUCGCGCUCCUACCACUUCGGCAUCAUCGGCCUCAACAUGAAUGGAUAUUUCCAUGAAGUUUAUUUCAAGAAGCACAAGUUUAACACAAUUCCCAACGUUCAGCUGAGGAACGUGGAGAGUUUGAGGAAAGACGCAUACGAGGUGGAGAUCCAGAAGCUGCUGAGGGAGGCGGAGCUGCUGGAUCACUCCAGGAAUCCCUGCGAGGACUCGUUCGUCCCGGACACGGAGGGCAAGACCUACGUCAUGUUCAUAAAGAUGGAGUCUGAGCUGGACACGUCCACCUGGACCGAGCUGGCCAAGUGCCUCCACGUUUGGGACCUGGAUGUUCGAGGAUAUCACAGAGGACUCUGGCGGCUCUUCAGGAAAAGGAACCACAUUCUGGUCAUUGCCGUGCCGAUCUCUCCGUACUCCGUGAAGAAACCGGCCGCCCUCGCCCCCAUCCACCUGGAGCCGCCGCCCAAAGAGGAGGGGGCGCCGGUGGAGCAGCUGUAGACCCAAACGCCGGCCUGGUCCACCAGAACCAGAACCGAAACCGGACAGGAAACUCUCCUGGAACUUUGGGUCUCAGAACUGAGUCAGUCUGGAGACGGAACGGUUCCAUUAAACCCAGUAAGAACUGGAACCCAGAAUGAUCCCAGUUAUUAAUAUGAACUCUUCAUGUUCUGAACAUUUUAACAUUUCAGAGAGAGAAAGAAACUGAAAUCUAUUUUUAGACAAUUAGAACCGGCCAGAUUUUCACCAAACCGGUUUAAUGUUCAGAAUCUGGAUCCUGGAGGACGGAGUUUUAACCUCAACCUGCUGCUUACGAGGAAUCGACCUCUGACCCCCCGAGUUUGGAGAAACUACUGAACUCUGAACAUUUCAGCUUUUUAUGUUUUCAACCUUUUAUAUUUACACUAAAGUUCUGAUUGGUGGAUUUUUAAAUGUUACAACUUUUAAGACUCAAAAUUAUUCAAACGAUGACAGACAAGAUUAUUGAAACUGGAACCUGGACUGGAUCUGGUUCUGCAGAAUCUCAAGCAGAACUUCCGAUUGGUUCUGCUCUGGGUUCGGCAUCAGUUGAGGGACGUUCUGAACAGAACAUUAAAGUUUUUACUCUUUGUUUUGAAUCCAGACUGAACUGAAACAACACUGGACUCUACCGCCCUCUGGUGGCCGUUGCAGACCUGACAGAUUCUUCCACAUGAAGCCCGGUUGGUUCUGGCUGCUGAGCUUCAGCUUUUAGGAACAAAAUGAAAUAAAUCCUGCCCAUCCUGGAGGCAGCAACGUGUUCAGGUUCAAUUAGGUUUUAGCCGUAAAAAAGUCCAGAUUUUUGUUGAUGAUGUGAGGAACAGAAUCCGACCGGAUCCGUUUUCCGGAGAAAAGUUUGUUUAUUAAACGUUGGCAGCAUUUAUUCCAGUUUAUAUGACAGCUUUAGGACCAGACUAAGAAAGGAAAAAAUAAUUAAUAAUGUCCAAAUAUUACCAGAAUAAAAUCACAACAAUAUAAAAUCGUCAUAUUAAUAUGAUAAUAAAGACAUAAUAAUGCUAGAAUAAGAGUUAAAAUACCAUAAAACUUUAUGUUCAUAUUAUUUAAGCUUUCAACACUUGUACUUUAUUGUCAUAAUUAAUAUUGUUUAGCCUGGCCCUAAUACUCCGUUGUUCGUUCAAACCCAAAUUAUUCAGGUUUAAAUGUGAGUCUCAUCUGAACUCCAGGUUUUCUGUUUGACUUUAUGGUUUUUUAAUUUUAGUUUGCCGUGAAGCAUCUCAGUGACUCGUCUUGGGCUGAACGUCUCAGAUGUUUUAUUUCUCUGACUGAAUAAAGAUGUUUUUAACAUUUU